AUGAAGGAUUAUUUAGCAGGAUUAUUUGCUGGUAUUACGACUACAUUUAUAGUUCAUCCAAUCGAUACAAUUAAAGUUACUAUGCAAUCUCAUUCAACACAUAGUAUACCUAAAGCAAUUAAAUUGAUUAUUAAAUUAAAUUCAAUACAAGGAUUUUAUCGUGGUGUACCAGCUCAUUUACUUGUUCAAUGUGGAUCUCAAACAUCAUUUUAUGGUUCAUAUGCGCAUUGUCUUCGUUUCUUAGGAUCAGAUCGUGAUAAUCAACACACAAUCUCAGUAUUACAUAAUUUUAUUGCUGGUUCUUUUGGUGGUUUGAUACAAGCAUUUCCAUCAAGUAUACUUGAAUUAUUUAAAAUUCGUCUACAAACAACAAGUUAUCAACAAGAAGCAAAUGUUUAUCAACUAUUUCGUCACAUCAUUAAAACAGAAGGAUAUCGAGGUCUUUUUCGUGGUUUACAUGCAACGAUUUGGCGAGAUUCACCUACUUAUGGUAUUUAUAUGAUGAUUUAUGAUCCAUUAAAAGCUUAUUUACACUUAUCAAUAAAUAGUGAACUAAUCAGUGGUUUUAUAGCCGGUGGAACUGUUGGUGUUAUUAGUUGGACAUUAGCUUGUCCAGUAGAUAUAUGCAAAAGUAAACAACAAGCUGGUUAUACAAAUAAAAAUUUAUUUCAAUGUUUAUUGGAAAUUUAUCGAAUAGAAAAUGGUAUACAUGGGUUUUUUUGUGGUUGGACUGCAAUAGCUACACGAGCAUUUUUACUUAAUGCAAUAUCUCUUUUUGUUUGGGAUCGUACUCGACGUUGGUUUUGA